UUUUAUAUGUAGCACAAACUGGUACCUGAACUUGAUUCACUUCCAUUUUACCAUUCUGGACUGUUUUUGAAAGUUGAAGUAGUGUCUUGCCUAGCAUCUCCAUUAUGAAGAGUUUAGUCCUAGAUCCUCUAGGUGUUUAGGCACCUAACUUCCAUUGAUUUAAAUGGGAGUUAGGUACCUAAAUACCGUUGAGGAUUUGGAUCUUAGUUCUUGGGGAAAGACAAAAUAAAUAUAUUUUCUAUGAAAGAAGGAGCUCUUGUUAUACUGGGCAGGUCUUCACUUAAAACUCUGCAGCUAUUAUACCAACGGGACAGCUUCUCCCAUCCGUGUAGUUGAUUCACCUCUGCAAUAGGUGGUAGCUAUGUCGAUGGGAGAAGCCCUCCCAUCAACAUAGUGCUGUCUACAUCAGGGGUGAGGUCGGCAUCACUGCGUCGCUCAGGGGUGUGGAUUUUUCACACUCCUGAGCGACAUAGUUAUACCAAUGUAAGUUUGUAGUGAAGACCUGGCCUUGCUUACAUACAACUUUUUUAAGACAAAGGGGGACACUGAAAGAUAACUUUAGGCUGGGAUAGAGCCUUUAUUCGGAUAUGCCAUAGGUAAUAUUUCUAUAUUUUGUAACAUAAGCUUGGUGCUGGCUUGGCCUAGUUUUUCAUAGUAUCCUAACAAGACAGGAGCCUAUCUUUUUAUUCAUGGUUUUCUCAAUUUCUUUUAUAUGCCAAAAAAAUCCCUGCUUUUAAGACAGGGAUUGGACUGUGGAUACUAAUAGGUGAGGAAGUUCAAUGAUGGGCAUCUGGGAGAGAAACUGAACUCUGACCUCAGAGAAGGUAGAAUCUGGUGCAGGUCUGUGUGGGCACAAGGAGAGCAAAAUGACCUGAAGAUACUAGACAGUUACAGAGAUGGCUACAAUGGGGGAAAUGGAGCUAAGACUCAGCUCCUCAAAUGUAUUUAGGUGCCUAAUUUCCAUUGAAAGCAAUGGAAAUUAGGCUCUUAAAUACCUUUGAGGAUCUGGGCCUAAAUAAUGCCCGGAGCACUGAAGUGCUGUAGCACUGUUGUAUUGUUUGUUACAAACUUUUGAUGGUUCCUUGUGCCUGGCACUAUGCCCCCAAUCACAGCUUUAAAGUUGGUAUGGGGUCAUGGGAAUCCCAUUAGAAAUCACCACUGCAGGAAUCUCUCAUUUGUUUCUCUGCCUGUAAAGUUAAGUGCAUACAUUAUGCACAUAAGUGCUUGGAUCAGGGCAUUGGGGGGGGAUAGGGUGAUGAACCUAGGAUGGGUGACAUUUGAGUUCCCAUCAUGAGCAUGUGGUUCAACCCAAGUAGCAUUCCAGUGGAGGCUGAUUUGAAUCUCUGGAAAUGGCUUGGGGAAAUUCAUAGCUAAAAGGGCUGCUCUGAACUGAUUUAGGGUAAAGAGAAUGAAUUCAUCAAAUGCAUUCAGUGUAAAAUCAGGGUGUCUUCCCUGGGCAGCCUCCCCUGGAAAUGAAAGGGGCCCAGCCCUGGGGUGAAAUGAGCGAAGUAGGAUAUCUGGAAGAUUUAGAGCCUCAGAGGCAUAACACAACUCACAGUGCGGUCAAUCUGGAGCAGAGGGCCUCGGUGCUAGAGAGCGUUAACUGAGCACAGGUGUUGUAGGAGGCGUUUCCAGACACGUUUCGCUUUGUCCUCUGUUCUCCGUCCUCAGCAACAGCUGGAGGAGGCAGUGGGCGGAAGGGGGAUGGAUGCUGGGUCUCUGCGGCUCCAGAGCCCCAGCAUCAGCCCGGGUGGUGGGAGCAUGUGCAGCUGUAGCAGGCACCUGGCAGGGAGCCGUACGCUGGGGAUGUGAAGCAGGCGGGGAGGAAGGCCUUUCCUUGACUCAUCAGAUAAAUCCAGCCCCCCAAGGCGCCUGGUGAGCCGGAGACUGAGCAGCGGCAGCAGCAUGGCAGGGGACAGUGAGCAGAGCCUGCAGGAGCACGAGCAGCCUGGCGGUGGGGAGCCCUUCCUGAUCGGGGUCAGCGGCGGCACAGCCAGCGGCAAGUCAUCAGUCUGCGCCAGAAUCGUCCAGCUACUGGGCCAGAAUGAAGUGGAUUAUCGCCAGAAGCAGGUGGUGAUACUGAGUCAAGACAGCUUCUAUCAGGUCCUUACCUCUGAGCAGAAGUCCAAGGCACUCAAGGGCCAGUUCAACUUUGACCACCCAGAUGCCUUUGACAACGAGCUCAUUGUCAAAACGCUCAAAGAGAUCAUGGAAGGGAAGACAGUCCAGAUUCCUGUCUAUGACUUUGUUUCCCAUUCCAGGAAGGAGGAGACGGUGACUGUGUACCCAGCUGACGUGGUCCUCUUCGAGGGCAUCCUGGCCUUCUACACCCAGGAGGUCCGGGAUCUCUUCCGGAUGAAGCUGUUUGUGGACACGGACGCAGACACCCGGCUGUCCCGCAGAGUGUUACGAGACAUCAGCGAGCGAGGCCGGGACCUUGAGCAAAUCUUGUCUCAGUACAUUACUUUCGUCAAACCAGCCUUUGAGGAAUUCUGCUUGCCAACCAAGAAGUAUGCUGACGUGAUCAUCCCCAGGGGGGCAGAUAAUGAAGUGGCCAUAAACCUGAUCGUGCAGCACAUCCAGGACAUUCUGAAUGGAGGACAUAGCAAACGCCAGAUCAACAGCUGCCUGAAUGGCUACACCGCUCCGUGCCAGAGGCAGCCUUCUGAGUCAAGUAGCCGGCCACACUGACCCCAGACAUUGGGGUGAGGUUGGGGGUGGAUGGUGGUUGGGCUCUGCUGCAGCUGAUCUGUCCGUACUGUGUCCAAUCACACCCCCACCCCGAUAUUUAAGAAACCGGAUGGAGACACAUGCCUUUAAUUUUGUAUCUUGGAAAUGAGAGAGGAGCAUCUGGAUUCCCAGAUGCCGCUGGGGAUGCCUACCGCUGGCUUUGCUCAGUAACCACUCCAGCACAGAACCGUCUAUCAAUACAGAAUCGCUCUAUUUUUGAGUAAAAAGAACAAUGUAAAACUACUUGCCAUAAG